CGCCGCCUCCGCCUCCGCCGCAGCUGCACCUUCUUCUUCCGGGAGAGAGACGACUUCGCCGGGGUUUGCGUGGUAGUUAAGCCAUGGACGCUGAUGCGGCACCGUCUGUGACGCGGGGCGCGGUGGCGUUCAUCCUGGAGAACCCGUCGCCGGCGGCCGCCGACGUGCCGGGGAUCGUCCUCCAGGUCGUCGACCUCAAGCCCAUCGGCAGCCGCUUCACUUUCAUGGCGAGCGAUGGCGAGGCCAAGAUAAAGACGAUGCUCCCCACCCAGUUCUUGCCGGAGGUGCGCUCCGGCAACCUCCAGAAUCUCGGCCUCAUCCGCGUCCUCGACUACACCUGCAACACCAUCCCCAGCCAGUCGGAGAAGGCCUUGAUUAUCACCAAGUGCGAGGUCGUCGCCAAGGCGCUGGAUUCCGAGAUCAAGAGCGAGGCGGACGAACAAGAGGAGAAGAAGCCAGCGAUCGUCUUGAACCCAAAGGAGGAAUCCGUCGAACCCGCGGCGCUCUCCAAGCCCACGAACGCGCCGCCGCCCCCUGCUCCGAUCGCGCUGAAGCCCAAGCAGGAGGUGAAGUCCGCCUCUCAGAUCGUGUACGAGCAGCGCGGGAAUGCUGCUCCUGCGGCGCGCUUGGCCAUGACGAGGAGGGUGCAUCCAUUGAUCUCCCUGAACCCCUACCAGGGCAACUGGGUCAUCAAGGUGCGCGUCACAAGCAAGGGCAACCUGAGGACGUACAGGAAUGCUCGUGGAGAAGGCUGCGUCUUCAACGUGGAGCUCACCGAUGAGGAUGGCACCCAGAUCCAGGCCACCAUGUUCAACGAGGCCGCAAAGAAGUUCUACCCGAUGUUUGAGCUGGGGAAGGUCUACUACAUCUCCAAGGGCUCUCUCAGAAUCGCCAACAAGCAGUUCAAGACUGUCCAUAAUGACUACGAGAUGACUCUGAAUGAAAAUGCUGUUGUCGAGGAAGCGGAGGGUGAAACAUUUAUCCCACAGAUUCAGUACAACUUUGUCAAAAUUGAUCAGCUAGGACCAUAUGUCGGUGGCAGGGAGCUAGUAGAUGUCAUCGGGGUUGUUCAGAGCGUAUCUCCUACUCUGAGCAUUAGGAGAAAGAUUGACAAUGAGACGAUUCCAAAGCGUGACAUCGUUGUAGCAGAUGACUCGAGCAAAACUGUCACAAUAUCUCUUUGGAAUGAUCUUGCCACCACUACUGGUCAGGAGCUCUUGGACAUGGUUGACUCUGCGCCUAUCGUUGCGAUAAAGUGCAUGAAAGUAUCUGACUUUCAAGGUUUGUCUCUGUCAACUGUGGGUAAAAGUACAAUUGCAGUGAAUCCUGACUUGCCUGAGGCCGAAAAGCUUAGAGCUUGGUAUGAUUCUGAAGGCAAGGGUACUUCAAUGGCAUCAGUUGGUUCGGAUAUGGGUGCAUCAAGGGCUGGUGGAGCGAGAUCCAUGUACAGUGAUAGAGUUUUUCUAUCUCACAUCACAAGUGACCCCAACUUGGGGCAGGAUAAGCCCGUGUUCUUCAGUCUGAAUGCCUACAUAAGCCUCAUCAAGCCUGAUCAAACCAUGUGGUACCGGGCUUGCAAGACCUGCAACAAGAAGGUGACUGAGGGAAUUGGAUCAGGAUACUGGUGCGAAGGCUGCCAGAAGAAUGACGCUGAGUGCUCACUGAGGUACAUCAUGGUCAUCAAGGUCUCCGACCCUACUGGUGAGGCCUGGUUUUCUUUGUUCAACGACCAGGCCGAGAGGAUCGUUGGCUGCAGCGCAGACGAGCUUGAUCGGAUCAGGAAGGAGGAGGGUGAUGACAGCUACCUUCUCAAGCUGAAGGAAGCUACCUGGGUUCCUCACCUGUUCCGCGUCAGUGUCACUCAGAAUGAGUACAUGAACGAGAAGAGGCAAAGGAUCACUGUGAGAAGCGAAGCUCCGGUAGACCACGCAGCUGAAGCCAAGUACCUGCUCGAGGAGAUAGCAAAGCUUACUGCUUUCUAGAUGGCAAUGUUUUGGUGGUGGCUUAGAAGUGCUUGUCCUGAAAGCUUUUGAGAUGUGAUAGCUUUAUAAGUUAUGGUUUAUCAACUGCAAUUAGUUGCUAAGUUGGUAGUGCUAGCCUUUUGUAUUAUAUGUAGAUGCUUGCUUAACUUGUUUUGAAGCAAUCAGAGCGUUAAGCUGUUAUGCGGCUGUCAUUUCUUCAAAUAUGCUGAACAGAUCGGGAAAUUAACGGUGGAAAUUAGUAACUAAUUAGUGUUCAUGUGCUGUUCAUUGCU